CAAAUCAACAGUUCACCAAGCAACCCGAGAUGAAUUCGACAUGAGCGCCGCAGAUGCACAGGGGAAGGCGGGCCCUGCCGCCUCAGCGGCCAGCAGCCAGCUGACGAAGAAGCUUCAGAAAGCGCUGACCCUGCGGAUCGAUUCCCAAGGGUCCAGAGAUGCUCUGAAGUGUCUCUCAGGGUUCUUCACUGAGAACACCGUGCAUACCAGGAGGAAUUUGCGCUCCUCCAUUGAGGGUGAAAGCCUCCUCUUGCACAAGGAUUUCGUGAACUCCUUCGGGGCGCUGGAGAGGCAACUUGAAAAUCUCGAUCAUCUGGUGGAGGAGCUCGAUGGUGCUGUACAACGGGCUGGUGACCAGCUGAAAGCAAGCCGUUCGGAGACGCAGGCGAGCCUGGAGAAGGCCGCGGCUCUACGGAAGGAGUCUGUCUCCAUCGACCUGAAGCAGCAGGUCCUGGACAGGUUCCUGGGCCGUUUUCGCUUGUCAGAGGCGGACACACAGGCGGUGCGCUCAGGGGACAGACCCUUGGAUGACGACUUCUUCACGGCCUUCGAGCGUCUUGAGCAGGUUCGUGCAAAUGCUCGCCACAUGCUCAACACCAGUGGUCAGCAAACGUCAGGCGUCGAUAUUCUGCACGAGACAUCUGAAAUAUUGGAGGCCUCGUACGAGCGCAUGUUUGUGUGGGUGCAGCAGCAGUGUCGUGGACCACGCGACGUGGCCGUUGCUAAGAGCACGUCAGCAGAACUGGAUACACCAGCAGGCAAUGUCCUGAAACGGGUGUUGCGGCUCUUGAGGGAAAGGCCGGUGUACUUCAACCAUUGCCUCCGGGAUAUCGCGCGGGUCAGGAAGCAAGCCCUGCAGCAGCGCUUCCUCGAGGCAUUGAGCCAGGGUGAUGGCUACGGCACGCGUCCCAUCGAGCUGCAGGCCGGUGAGCCUGUUCGCUUUGUGAGCGACAUGUUUGCCUGGAUCCACGAGAAUGUCACGACGGAGCAAGAAGCCCUCGGCAGUCUUAUGGGCAAGGAUUCGGCGGAUGAGGCAGUCACGCGUGACAGGCUUCCAUCUGAAGAGGGCUCGAUGACGGUGGUUGGCUUCGAGGAAAUGUUGGACAUCGCCCUGGAGGGUGUGGCUGCAACGCUGGUGACCAGGGCCAAGCAAUCCCUGCAAGCAAAUACCUCCAUCGUGACGGUGUACAAGGUCUCCCAGGUCUUUUCCUUCUUCGCCAAGACUCUGCAGCAGAUGCAUCGAGAGUCGCUGCUGGUGUCCACGUGCGUAGAUCUGCAGGCCCGCACCUACCAGAACUUCCUCGACCUCUGGGAAGCUCAAGCACAGAAGUUGCGGCAAGGAGUGUCCGCCGUGUACGUCGCCACCUUGUCAGCCCCACCCUUUGUACUGGAGGCCGCCAACACGUUGCAAGAGGUGCUGGCCAUCUACGACGGGGCUCUGGUCCCCGCUGGGGAGCGCGCUGCGGACUUUCUGCCGGUGCUGUCUGCAGCCUUCGACCCCUUGCUGAACCACUGCCAGCAGGUCGCUUCCAUGAUGGACGCGGCGGAUGGCCAGGUCUUCCUGGUGAAUUGUGUCUCUGCCAUGCAAGCGCCGCUGCAGAAGCACGAGUUCACCAAAGACCGUCAGGAGAUGUACUUAGAGUACCAGCGGGAUCAGCUGAAUCGCUUGAUCGAGGGACAGGCCAAAGCUGUUCUGUCCAAAGUGGGCCUGGCUGAGCGGCUGAAGGCCUUGCGGGAGAAGGCUCCAGAAACACCACUCAGUGGAGUACCGGAGCUGCAUCCGGUUGCCCUGGCGGCAACUUUGAGAUCCUUCUACAACUCCUUGUUUACUCUGGGCGGAGCGCUGUCAUUGCCUCUACUUGAACGGAUUGAAGACACGACGCUGCGAGAUCAGGCCCGCAGAGGAGUGUCCAGACUCAUCGCUUCUUCCUAUGAGGAGUUGUACAACGGUAUCACUGAGCUGGGAAUCACUACUCAUACUCCAGACCAGGUCCGGACAUUGUUGGAAGGAGUCUGAUCAUCGCCGGAAUAC